UGGAAGCGCUGUGUUUUAUAUCAUGCAUUUCAUGUUGCGCAAGUGAACUCAGAUUUUUUCGUAAUGAAAAAAAUACUCAAACAAACAGGUUUUAUUAAUUUGUAUAUCUGAACGUGUUUAUGUGACAUCGAUGGAAAAUAUCACUCAAAACCUAAUAAUACGGUCAAUAUAGUGAACGCAAGUGUUGCACCAACCAUGCACCAACUAUUAGUUUAAAGGGCUUCCCAUGACCAAAUACAAUAAGCUACGCAGUGCAUUUGAGAUGGGGGUACCCGACGAAACCCUAAAGUUUGAUUCAGUAUAUCGCAAAUAAAUACAUUACGCUGUGUGAAGCCGGUAUCUAGCUUGUGUUUACUACAAAUUUACGCCAAAGUAAACCCGUAAAAUGACCAACCCACAAUCUCAAAUGUAGUCGUACAAGGCACAUAGACUUCCAAGGAUCUUUGGUCUAACGAUCCAGAAAUGUCAUUUAGUUUAUGACUCAUCUUGUCCGGGCGAUCGUCGUGAGUGCCACGAUCGGGGCGGCGAGUCGGACCCAUGGCCCAGUUCACAGACGGAGGGAACGACCCCGUGUUUAACGGCGGCACACCGGAUGACUCACCCCGGUAUCAGCUGGGUGGGAUUAGGGUGAACGGCGACCAGAGCAACGGUCAUCAGACGGAGUCCCGAGUACCGCAGCAGAAGGAGCCAGUGUACGUGAAUAGUCACAGUUUUAUGAACGGCAGUGCUUCAGAGAGUGAACUUCUCCAACAUCUUAGUGAAACCAUUAACAACUUCAGUCUCAGUCCAAGACCACCAUUUGGUGCCCAAUCUGACAGUGCUCCAACCAACAACAGCAGCACUGCCUCUUCUCCGACAAAUCUACCCGCGGUAGCUCCUAAGGCGAAACCGUCCAAGACCAGAACACAGCAUCCAAACCACCGAGAUCGCAGCAAUUCCUCCGGCCAGAUGGGGUACCAAUUUCAUGUCAGUGAAAACGAUCCGAAACCGGGAAGUCCCCACAACGGGGGCGGGGACUCCACAUCGGAGAAUAGAACUCUGAGAUUUGUGGGGAAACGAGGCCUUUCUGUGGGCGGAGAUGAUAUCACGAGUGCAAAGGGCACCGUGAGGGGCGUGACAAACAGGGUUAAGGCGGGUAUUAUGAACUUUACGUACAAGCCGCUGAACCAUAAAAAGAAAGCAGUCAACAACGACGACGAGCGAGACAAGAUCAUCAUGUACACCACCAGCAUGCGCAUCGUGCGGCAAACGUUUGAGGACUGCCAGUUUGUGCGCAAGCUGUUCCAGAACCACCGGGUCAAGUACGAGGAGCGGGACCUGUUCAUGAACUCCCAGCACCAGCAGGAGCUGGGGGACAGGCUGGAGGGGGAGGCGCAGGAGGCUACCCUGCCGAUUGUCUUCAUCGAUGGGGAACUUGUGGGGGACAUUGAGAAAUUGGAGGAGCUAAAUGAGACAGGACAGCUGCGAAAGAUCCUCGAGAGAUUCGAGAAAAACAUUCCGACCUCGGACUGCUCAGAGUGCGGCGGGUUCCGCUACAUGCCCUGCCAGGUCUGCAGCGGCAGCAAGAGGUCGCUGCACCGCAACAACUUCACGGAUCAGUUCCAGGCGCUGCGCUGCUCCAACUGCGACGAGAACGGCCUGCAGCGGUGCAUGCUGUGUAACAAAUAAGGCAGGUACAUGCAUGAAAACACUGAUGCUGAAAACACUUCGACUCUUCAAACUGCACUUUCCCAAACCAAUAGUAGCAGUCAAAGCA